AUGAAAACUGUUUACACAUUCUUUUCAUAUUUAUUUUUUAGGUUUUUUAUUCAAAAGACUAUCUGUUUAGAAUUAAAUAUUGGUAAAAUCACAGACUAUUCCAGCGGAUCUAGUAAAGUUACCGUAAAAAAAACGACAGAAUUACAAAAUUUAUACACACAUAAAUUUUCCAAUCCAGUUUUAUUAAAAAACAUAUAUAAUGGAAAGGAAAAAAUUUACUUUGACCCUUUGUUGGUGGAGGACCAGCUGCUGCUGUCAGCAUCUGUCGUAUGGUCGUUUGAAACUCCUUCCAUUAUCCAAUUAAAUUUGGAACAAUCUUCUGUAUUACUUAUAAAUGAAAAAGAAUCAUUGGAUGUUCAGGCUAUUUUUUCUAAAAAAUUAGUUACAAACAUAAAGCCCAGAAUCCAUUCAGAUAUUGAUGCAAUUGUUGAUAUAAAUUUGUCUAAUAUUGCUGAUUAUAACAGUAAUAAUUCUAAAGUUUAUGUUACAAAUCUAAAAUUUUCAGAAGAUAGGUUUAAAAGGUACACAGUAAGAAAUUAUAACUUGGAGUCAACAAGAUUAGGUAAAAUAUUGUAUAAUAAUACAGAAUUGAAAACUAAAUUUGAAAAUGAUCUUGAAAGGUCUACUGAGUCAAAUUUGGACAUUCCAUACAAAAACAAUGUAUAUUCAAUACAGGUUUAUGCAUAUAACAAUUUUCCUCUUUUAAUAGAAUUUUUGUACACAUUUAACAAAAGACAAUUUUAUGGCUACACACCUGAGGAAAAAUGGCAUCAUGUGUAUUUUCCAGCUUUUCACGAUCCUUCCUUUUUAGAUUUUUUGUAUAAUAAACUCAAUUAUUAUGCUUGCAAGAAUGGAUUCAAAUAUACUAUAGACAUCAAUCAGAAAACAGAUACUAGUGAUCGUUCCUAUCAAAUAGAUAAUUAUUGUAUAGGAUCAGAAGGGGUAGAAACAGUUGUAAAUAAUUUAAAACUACCAUUUUAUAUAGAUGAAGAGUAUAAAAACGGUGUGUAUAGGUGCUUUGAACACACUCCAUCCAAUGAUAAUAAAUUUUUUAUAGACCAUUUAAUGGUCGGUACCUCAUUAUUAAAACUUCCUAAUACACCUAACGUUAUCAAAUGCAGUCGAGUCUAUUAUCAGUUAAAUUUAAGCCCAUAUUUGAUUGUUUUAGUUGACAAUUCUGAUGAAUUGUAUUACUAUAUAUAUGAAAACGGGGUAUGGAAGGAGCAUAAGAAAGAAAAAAAUGUCCAAUUUGAUGAAAGAUUCAAUGACAAUAUCAGAACAAUACUUGAUAAGAUUGUACCUACUGUUCAAGUUAGUGACGGAACCAUCGUGGUACUAACCGAUUAUAAAAAAUCGUAUGAUAAGGAGCAGAUAAAUAAAGUAAUAAAACAUAGUUUAUCAUCUACUGACUUGUUCGAUAAUAGUAUAACCGUAACAGAAACCACUCAAGAUAAAGGUUCCUGUCUAACUAAAGCAGGUUACAGGGUUUAUAUGCACGAUCUCUCAGGUGCCGACAAAUUUUCCUCUCAAUUAUCAGAGGGUUCAAGAUAUUAUUUCCUUUUAUAUGUAAAUAACACCAAGAUAAAUCUCUAUCAGAGUACAAAUGUAGACAAACAGUCUUCACGUUUAGUUUACCAAAAACAGAAUAACUUUUAUGUGUAUUAUUAUCGAGAAUAUUCUAAGGCACUAUUAAUUUGUCACAAUGGCUCGUCAUACAGACCAUAUGACUUGGAACAAUACAGUAAGAAAUGGAUUCAUGUAAAGGAAAUUAGUGACUGUUGUUGCAAAAGUGGCGAUAAUGAGGUAAACAAUAAGGCUCUAUCAAAUGCUUUGCUUAAUGUAAUAGAAUUAUUUAACCUUGUGAAUCCAUAUGAACAGGCUCGUGUUACAAAAGAGUACGAAAAUUCUUCUUUGUUUUUUGAAUAUACACAUGGAGGAUCAAACUAUAAAGAUACAUAUACUAUCGAGGUCUGCAAAAAGUUAGAUUGCAGUAAAAUCUUAAAGCUCACGAAUGACGCUAACGAUUCUAAAAGUCCUUUCGAUCGAGCUCUUGUAUAUUUCAACAGAUAUGAUACUAAACACGAAAAUCCACUGAUAAUUUUAUUACAUUUCAGAAACUCUGAUGCCACUAGAUAUUAUGAACCCUCAGAAAUUCAUGGCAGUUCAGAUGCUGAUAGUUCUAAGCCGAUAGUAGAAUUAACCAAGUACAAAAAUGAAUCAGAUUUUGCUAAUACACUGCUAGAGAAAAAUGAUACCUUUUACAAUACCAUAACAUAUCAAAUAGACAAAAAAGAUAAUAGUUACAACGAUAAAAGGGUUAUUGUGGUAGAUAAUACAAGUACUGUAGUAAAACUUAGUGACAAUGGGUUUACGAAGUUUGUUCACUCUCCUACUUCCGGUAAUACGGACAAAAAAUGUUUCAUUUUACACAGAUCCAACAUACUAAAAACAUGGAACAAUAGUAAUAAAACCUUUGAACCAUUAGAUAAGCUACAAAAUAUUGUCUAUAAAAGUGUAAGUGUAUACUAUAGUAUUAAUUUGGAUAUGCCGCUGUUAAUAAGUUUUUUAAAGCCGGAUGGCCAAAAUGAGUAUUAUUUCUUGGGAAAACAAGGAACUAUGACUUAUUGGAAUCAACUAGAUAUUAUUAAUUAUCAAAAAUUAUUAGUAGAAGCAAUUUUGAGAGGCGAUAAUAUGCACGAUAAACUUACUGAGAAUGAUAAUUCCAAGUUAUUAAAAUUAUUAAAACAAAUUGAAAGUUUGGCUUUAAAUACAGUGAUAGUACUAUUAGAUAAAAGAAACACCUACGAUAUUAAAGAAGUAGAACGCCGCUUGAAAAGCGCAUUUCGUAAACCCAAAAAUGUACAAGAGUUAAGCGAAAGUCAACCUGAUUCUAUAGUUGUCAAGCGCCAAGACAACUCUAAAUUAAAGUCACUAAAUUUCGAAUGUUUCAUACAGACAAUUAUCCCUAAAGGAGUACUUGAUAAUGUUGAUUUAAGAAUAAUGGUACCAACAGAUGAUGACAAAUAUAGUAAUAUUAUACUGUACAAGUCUGAAACUAAAGUUCCUUAUAGGAGUAAAAUAAUAUUUGAUUUAAAUCAACGAGAAAAUGAUACCUUUUAUGAUGCAGAAAAACAUUAUGUGUUUGUGACCAGAAAAGAAUUUACAAAUCCUCCAUAUUUUCGCUACUCCCACACCUGCUCUUCAUGUGGAAAUUUGUCUGACGGUGAAUUUACUAUUAAAUUUAAAGGCCUUAGCGUUAAUUUCAAUAAUACUCUGCCUGAAACGACACAAAAAAGAAUCGAUGUUUACUUCCGCAAAGACCAUCCUGAUAAAUUUUCUAAGGUGGUAUUUCAUACACCUGAAGGUUACAAUCCAAGGUACUUUGGAUAUUCAGACUUUAUCCAAUAUCACAAAAACAAUAAGCUAGUACAAUUGUCACUAUUGCUUGAAUUUAACCACGAUUACACUGACAAUAUAACUCCAGAGUUUAGAGAUGUUUUAGAACUCGAAUUACCCAAGUUGCAAAGAAUUAGUUACUCAAAUACAGACGAUUUAUUAUACAAAGAAAAUGAAACUGAUUUAUACGUAUAUUUUCACCUUAAUUUUAAAGCUCCACUGAUGCUUUGUUACGACAAUAAAGCAUACAUUCCUUGGAACAAAAACACAUAUAAUACCGAGUGGAUACAAGUUAGCUCAAUUAAAGGGUGCAAAUGCGAAGGAGAAAACGAGAAACCAAUAUUGAACGCAGUAGCAUAUGUUUAUGGAUCAUUGAAUCUAGCCGAGUAUAAAACUCAAGGCAUUCCGAGUGUAGAAACCGAUAGAAGAACAAACGCGACCAUGCCACUUAAGCUAUACAUACUGUCAACUAUGAAUGCGAAAAGGGCAAUUAGCACUAUCUACAACGAUAAUACUCUUAGAGAAAUUACGCAAUAUCCAGAACGUGAAAUUGACAUCUAUUACUACACCUCUGCCUACGAGUAUGUGGAAUACUCUGGAGAUCUAUACUCGAAUUUAACUAUAGCUACAAUAAACAAUGAAGGACUGAGCCUAGUUAAAUACUAUGGAAUCAACAUUAUGUCGUUUACUGACGGAAUUUUCGUUCACCUAAUCGAGUACUUUUAUAAUCCCGCAACGUACGACAUAAUGGUAAAUUUAUACACAAACACACUUUUCAUUUACACGUUCAAAAGUAAUUAUUACAACUACUACGAUCCGUUCACCUUUGUUGGAAUUAGCAAAAUUAAGGCUUUCGAACAUAGCGAACUGAUUGACGCAUAUUUUGAUAAAGUCAGGGACCUCAACAGAACAAACUUCUUUGUAAGUUACGCUUUUAACGUUGAAUGA